AUGCUUCCACUGCUGCGGCCGGUGAGUCAUGAAGCUCCGACGGCGAUCAGCCCGAGGGAAUGCAGGCAGCUGAUGCUUCGCCGAGUGAUGUCGGAGCUGCCACAGUUGCUUCCAAUCGAGGGCGACAUUCCGUUUGCACUGGUGCCGGGCUCUGAGAUGACCGGACCGCUGCCGAGCAGCUCGGAGGAGAGUGUCUCCAGAGAUGCCUCCCCUGAGCGUGUCAAAGACAGGGAGAGGGAGAGCAAUCCCAGCUUGUCCUUAGGCUCGGUGCCGGACGAGUCUUUGCAGCUGCCGGCCUGGCUCGAGGAUUCGCCUGGCCAGGCGCGUGGAGCGACCUCGCAGCGACUGCCCGAUGGACCCCGCAGCGAAGGGCUACAGAGAUGGUAG